AUAGGGAGUGUGUCUCUUUAAUGAGGCUGGGCUUGGAGCAGCUCUGCUGCUGGCACAGGGAGUGAGGGAUGGAGCGAGGGCGGUGAAGGAGCCAGUGCCAGAGAGGGAGCCUGCAGCAGGGAGAGGCGGGGAGGGAGCGCUCAUCCCCCGGGUACCGCAGCCACCCUGACGGAGGGAAACCCAUCCCCAGGGAAGGGGCUCUGCAGGAGCAGGGAGCAGCGGGUGCUGAGAGGAGCCUGCAGCCUCUGUCUCCUCCAUCCUCAUCCUCCUCCUCCAGCUGCCCACUGAGGGACCAUGCCAGGUCUCUACGCCCUCGUGUCCUGGGAGGCCCUGCCCCUGAAGAGCUCCACGGUGAAGGCUUGUGCCAACGGGUACUCCCUGAGCAUCACGGCUCACCUCCUGUACACCAACCCCCACAAGGAGCCCGUGGAAGGCAUCUUCAUCUACCCGCUGGAGGAGUCGGAGGUGGUGGCUGGCUUUGAGGCAGCAGCGGGCAGCCGGCGGGUGACGUUCCAGCUGCACAGCCGGCAGCGGGUGCAGGAAUGCUGCCUGCAGUGCGGCCCCGGCCCCAGCCCCGGCCCCGGCCGCCCGCGCAGCUGCAGCAGCGGCCACCUGGUCUUGGAUGAGGACGUGGAGCGCUCCACGUUCAUCAUUGUCACCGGCACGCUGUGCCCGUCGGAGAGCCUGGCUGUCACCCUGAACACGGUGCAGGAGCUGCCCACGCUGCCAGACGGGGCCCUGCGCCUGCUGCUGCCCCCCAUCCUCACUCCCCACGUCCCCGCCGACCCCGAGAGCGAGCCGGCAAGCUUGUGUGACGACAGGUUGGCCCUAUGCCCCACAAGCUGUUUUGGGGGGCCAGGUGCCCGGAGCCAGUCACCCACUGUGGUGCCUGUGGACAGCGUGGAUGUCUUUCGGGGACGACCCUACAACCCUUUUCCUUACGAGUUCUCCUUCGAGCUGCUGGUGAAGGGCCCCUGCUUGCUGGCAGGGCUGGAGAGCCCAUCACAUGCCUUGAGAGCUGAUGCUGACCCCUGGGCCAAUUCUGCCACCACCACCUGUGUCACCUUAGCCGAGCCCCACCGCUAUGACAGGGACCUGGAGAUCAUCCUCUACCCUUGUGAGCCCCACAGCCCGCACCUGGUGAUUGAGGAUGGCACCAUGACGUACCCCGAGUACGAGGCGCACAUCCGGAGCCGCCGGGACUACGUGCGGAUUGCCAGGAAGGACAGCAGUGGCGAGAGACAGGUGGCUUUCGUGCAAAAGCGUUUCCACAAGGACAUCUUCCCCAACCCCGUGCUGAUGCUGAACUUCUGCCCGGCCGUGGAGGGCGUCCCCGGGGCCCUGCAGAGCGUCACCCGCGAGAUCCUCUUCCUCAUCGACCGCAGCGACUCCAUCAGUGGCCCUGACCUUGACAAGGUCAAGGAGGCUUUGCUGGUGGCCCUGAAGAGCCUCCCGUCAGGAACACUGCUCAACCUUGCCAGCUUUGGCGCUGACAUCAAGCCGCUCUUCCCAUCCAGUCGCCUCUGCAGCAAUGAGACGUUGCGCCGUGCCUGCGAGUACCUGGGCGGGCUGCGGGCAGACCCUGGUGGCACCAACCUGCUGGCAGCUCUGGGCUGGGCGCUGGCACAGCCCCUCCACCAUGGUUACCCUCGCCAGCUGUUCCUGUUCACCGGGGCAGCAGCGGGCAGUGCCAGCAGGAUCCUGCGGCUGGUGCGCAGGCAGGCCAGCACCGUCAGGUGCUUCAGCUUUGGCAUGGGCCCGCGGGCGUGCCGGCGGCUGCUGAAGGCCAUGGCCAAGGUGAGCCGGGGCCGUGCCGAGUUCCUGAGUCCCUCUGAGAGGCUGCAGCCCAAGCUGAUCAAGUCCCUGAAGAAGGCGAUCGAGCCGGCCAUCAGCGACAUCACCAUCGACUGGUACGUCCCCGACAGCAUGGAGGCUCUGCUGUCACCCACCGAGCUCCCGGCCCUGUACCCCGGGGACCGCCUCGUCAGCUACUGCGUCCUCUACAGCAUCGCCCGCUUCGGGGACAGGCGCCCACUGGGCCAGGACGGGGCUCGGCAGAGCUCCCGGGGCUCAGCCUUUCUCUCCCAGCAGGACGUGCCCAGUCUCUCUGGGGAGAGCCGCCAGCCACCCCAGAGCCACCCAGGAACUGGGGAUGCCUCCCUGGACGUUUUCUCUGGAAGUACAGAGGUGUCAGAGCGGAGUAUCGAUCCCGUUUCUGGAGGAGACAUCUGGAAGCGGAUCUACCAGCCCUCCUACAUCCAGGAGCAGUAUGUCCUGACACACUGCUCUGUCAGCACUGACCGCAGCCAGGGGCUGCUCUCCCGCAGCUCCACCAGCAGCGAGUCCACUGGGUCCCGGGACGUGGCCCCCGAGGGUGGCUCCUCGGGCCCUGGUGCUGAUGUCACCUCCCAGCAGGGCCAGAAGAGCCUGUCCCUCUGCGAGUCCUCCACCAAAUCUGCCCCGCUGCCCUCUGCCCCAGCUGGCACCAAGGUGACAGUGGCCCUGAGCACGGAGGAGCUGGCGCGGCAGAAGAAGCUGCUGGCACGUGCUGCCCUGGCUGGGCGCAGCUUCUCCACGCCACACGGGGAGCUGGAUGCCCAUCGGCUCUGCCAGGCCCUGGAAAAGGUGUCACAGAAGAGGAACCAGUCCCUGGAGGGGCGGCUGGAUGAGCUGGGACCGCAGGCACGGCAAAUGCAGCCCGGGGCAGCGGAGUCAAAUAACCUCCUCUCGCCCACCCACCUGGACUGGGACAUGCUGGUGGAGCCCUCCUACCUCUUCAGUGCCUCGCCAGCGCCCGAGGCGGGGCAGCCCAGCCUGGGUGAUGCCAGCACGCCCCUACGCUGCCAGGUGGUGAUCCACGCGCUGCGGGCCGGCACGCCGGUGUCCUGGGAAGUGACAGCUUCCCUGGAGCCCCUGCUGCAGCCCCGGGAAGGGCCGGGCAGGGGGGACCCGCCGCGGAGGGCGGCCAAGGCCUGGGACAAGCCCCUGCACCGCCUGGCAGCGCGCUCCGUGGUCCGGGACAACGAGAGCGUGGCGCAGCGGGAAGCCAAGCUGGAGCAGGGUCUCGCCCGCCGCUUCCGCCUGAAAGCCGUGCAAACCAGCAAGGCCUGCAACGUGCCUUCCCUCUACACCCGCCUGGUGCCCGUGGACGGUGCCACGCAGACAGCCCUGCCCGCGGCCCCCGAGGUGUGGGGCGUAGCUGGCUCGGCCAGCCGGACACGGGCUGCUGCGGCAGGGAACUGGCACCACCGGAGCUCCUCCGCGGGUCAGGGGCAGCAGCAGGAGGCAGAGGAGCAGGAUGAGGCCCCUGGCACUGCAGAGCAAGAUGAGAUCGCCAGGUCCCUGGGCAGCAUCUCCUCCCCUACCUUUGGCUGGGAAAAGCAGAACUACUCAAACGGGCCUCCAUCCAGCCCCUCCACCACCUCCAUGGGCUCCCAGAAAUCCACAGAGAGCAUCGCAGGCUCCAGGUUUAGCCUGAGCAGGCGCAGGGGUCCCAGCCUGGUGCUGCGCCCGCAGUGCCUCAGCCCAGAGAGCGAGCGCUCCAGCAACCACGCCAGCCAUGACUACCUCCCGCUGGUGCAGCUGCAGCAAGCCCGGGGGCCGUUCCAGCUCACCGAGAGCUUCUCUGAAGUGGUGCAGAUCCCCCUGGACCGCCUGCGCCGCGCCUCCCCCUACGCCUCCCACCGUGCCAGCCUCAGCCCUGUGUCCCCAGGAGCCAGGAGCCUGCCUGAGGCAGCAGCCGGGGCUGAGGAGGGCGAGGAGCCCCUCCCAGCCCCACAGCCCAGCUCGCCCCCGUCCCGCAGCACCUGCUCCGAGGUGCCCAGCGCGGCCGCGUGGGCGCAGGCCGACAGUGGGCACGGCUCCGAGUCCGACACCGGGCCCCAUUCGGCCGCCCCCUCUGAGGCCGGCGUGAGCUGCCAGGACGUGGGGCCAGAGGAUCUGGAGAGCGCCAGCUGGGCCACGGCGGUGGCCCUGGCGUGGCUGGAGCAUCGCUGUGCCGGGUUCUUUGAGGAGUGGGAGCUGGUGGCAGCCAAGGCGGACGCGUGGCUGCGGGCGCAGCGCCUGCCCGAGGGGGUGGACGUGGGCUGCCUCAAAGGGGCAGCCAGGCACUUGUUCCUGCUGCUGCGUCACUGGGACGAGAACAUCAAGCUGAACAUGCUGUGCUACAACCCCAACAACGUCUGACGGCCGCCCAAGGGGCCAAUAAAGACACCUGGCUCCAAGCCAUCUGCACUGGUGUCUGUUAUCAGCAGAGAGCUGCUGGCACCCUUCAGGCCAUGCCAGGACUCACCAGAAUCAGAGGAGGGGGUCACCCCCUUCCCAGCCAUCUCUGGUGAGAGGGAGCAGGCAGGGGAAUAGGAAAAGCUGUACUGGAGGGACUCCUGGGCUCCAUCAAAGCAAAUGAAACC